GUUCAGAGUUUGGACAAGAAGCAAGAGGAUCUUUCUAAAGCACAGGGGGACAUGGCUACCCAGCUCAACAAUAUGGAAGCAGAAGUUCGAGAGUUGAAAACCCGUUCUCGUUCGGUCAGCCCCGCCCCCCCUCCCCCGGAUCAGAGUCCACGUUCUACGACAGCCAGCACCCUUGGAGGCAAGCCGGUGGUAGAUGAUUUCCAGAUAGUCAUUGGUAGGUGGAACGAUGCCAAGAGAGGAGAUAUUGAAGCAGAGAUUAGGAUUUCAGGAGUGACAUAUCGGGACAAGCAGGGCGUCCUCUAUGGGACUGGGCACUCAAGCACACCUCGGCUAUCCUCGUUGACCUUGACUGGAGAGGGAAACUUUGGAUCAGAGGGGAACAAGUCCUUUACUGGCAGAAUGGGUAUGACGCUGAGAGCGCUUCGACCCAAGCAUCGGUGUGGCCGAUGGGCGACACCCUGUCUUCCUCUAGAGCAGGCUGCAUCUGACCCUUCCUUUGAGUUCACCCAAGAGACCUUUGCGCAGUUCUCGUACCGCUUGCCCACACUUCGGUAUAAAGACCCGCCCCAAGUCCUGGAACUCAUUAGACAGAGGAAGCUCGCAACUGAUCCGCAGGCACGCCAAAAGCUUUGUGAGGACAUUUCGGAGGCUCGUAGAUUGGCACAAAAGAAACACAAGCUUGACCUUCUUGAAGCUGCCAGACAAGGUGACCGUGGGGCAAUUGGGCAUCUCCGCCGUAGUAGUCUACAGAGCCAUUCUGACGGUAGUUUGAUCGAGAGACUCGGGGGAGAUGAUGCAGCCUAUGAUGCCUUUAAAGCCUUCUAUGCCAAAAAGUACCAAUUGGGGGCCUCCGACACGCCUGUUAGCCCCGCCCAGUGCGAGGCCCUGGAGAGCAAACACUCCAAAGCUCCCUUUCUUCCUAUCUCGCAAGAGGAAGUGGCGGAAGCCUUGGUCAAGGCGAUCUGGAGAUACUUGUUUGAUACCGAGGCUUCAGCAGAGGACCUUCAACGGGGGGUGUUACAAGGGACCUCUUUCAGUGCAGACCUUUUUUCCCGGGUCUUGGACUACUUUUGUGCAGGGCUCCUUGAACGUUGGCGUGCAUCCCAACAUCCAGCUUUCCUCAAGUUCCAGUUGCCUCAUGCUUUGCUCUUUGCGGACGACAUCUUGCUUUUUGCAGCAACAGAAAAAGAAAUGCAAUCAAAGCUACAUGCCCUUCAACUUACACUCGAAUCAAUAGGGCUGAAGCUGAACUUGGCUAAGUGCUCUGUUUUGGAUAACGAGGACGGCACUACUCCGGGUGUGUGGGGACGCAACUCCUGCACCCCACUGCAAGGAGUCAGUCACCUGCUGUACCUGGGCGUUCCUCUCAGUUCUAAAGCGACUCCGCUAGGGCAGCUAGGGGUAUCUUUGGCAAAGCUCUCAUCGGCUUUCUUCGGCCUCCGGCGCCUUUUCGACCACCCGGACACACCCGUGCAUGAGAAGUUGUUCUUUUCUGAGCACCUUGCCUUGGCCCCAGCCAUGAAUGACCAGGCAGAGAACCCGACGACCCAGGUUCGACUCAGGACCUCGCCUCAAGCACCGCCGUCGCCUCCACCUCUCCCGGGGAACGUGGAGCACGGCUAUGCAAUGUGGGGUUUCCUGGAUCAGCAGAUUCUGAUGCAGGUUUUCACUGUCUUACUGACCCUGCUGGUGGUGGCAGUGGUAAGACAUAUCACAGCAUGGUGGAAUGGGCCAGAGAAACCCAAAGUUGCACCUAAGGGUGUCGAUACACCAAGUGCGGAGGUCACCGAUGGCCCGAAGAAAGCCACGGAGGAGACACCGAAAGAUGACAAGCAGGGGAGCCCUGAUGCCCCUGCCAAGCCGGAUAAGAGCACAGUGGUGGAUGACUCGGGCCCGCCGAAAACUACAGGGGCCCCGACGAACCCACCUCCCCAAACGCAGACUGGACCUGGCACGAAUGCUGGUGGAACAGAUAAAAAGCCGGAUGGACCUGGAGCCUCUGACAGUAAGGCCAAGGCUGCAGGUGCUGACCCAGCUCCUGCCCCAGCAGUGACGCCACAGGCCCUCAUGCAAGAAAUCCAGGCGGUUCACAAGCUGCUCAAAUCGGGGGCAGAUGGGGGAACCAGCCAGGAGAUGAAGAAAGAGAUGGAUAACCUCCGUAAGGAUGUCACCACGAUCAUGAAGUUCCUCUCUUCGAGCGAUAAAGACCUGAAAGACCUUUCAGGUCGCAUAUCAGCGAUGGAGACGGUGCUCGGGGCUGUGAACGCCAGAGUGUGCACCCUCUCGUCCAACCUGGAUAUACAUGCCAAGGCGACGGAGUCGUACCUCAAAGAGGCCCUCAAGAGCAUCUCUGUCGUGGGUGGUGCAGCGAAGACCUUUCAUGCAGACACCCAGGUGCUGAUAGGCGCGAAACACGACAAUUUGGAGCAGGGGAUUAAGUCCUGUAUCAACAAAGUGACAAAUUGCGACUAUGAGUCGCAUACUUCGCUGUCUAAAACUCUGAGCGAUCUCAGCAAGCAGACCUACGACAUGGGCCAGGAGUUGCUGGCAGCCUUACACUUUGUUCAGGGCGAGCAGGGCACUAUGAAGGACAAUCUAUGGCAGAUUGCCAAUGUUCUCGGGGACACGGUGGAGCAGGUGAGGAUCAUUCGUGAUUACUGCGAGAGGCCAGUCCCGGUGAACGUUCAAGCAGCAGGACCGACGACUGGCAUGCCACCUCCUCCUGCCUACGAGCCCAGUAUACAUGGAGCCAGACAGCAGCUGCAUCUCCAGACGGCCAUUCCUUUGGCCCGAGGAAGUGGAAGCACCGCAGCACCCCAGACGGCCCCGCAGGUGAACAUCGACAUGGGAGAUGGGCGUACUAUCAACAUACCCGUGCACAGAUAG